AUGGCCGGCUUCACCAAGAGCGACGACUCCGGCGACAGCGACUACUCUCCCUGCAAGGACCGGCGCAAGAGGCUCAAAGCGGCGGCUUUGUCCAGGAAGAAAAAGACUGCUGGCGCGAGUAAGCUCACCGGGCCACCUCCAGCAUCGCGAGAUCCGACUAACGUGAACGCAUCCCGGACAGACGCGCUGCCGACGCCAGAUUUGACACCUACCGAUCCCACGUUCGCGGCGCAGUUCGCGGCGUACGAGAAGCUGCUGCUGCAUCCCGAGGCGACGCAGUGGGCGCCACUGCGCCCGGCCUCGUCCACGGCGCCAGAGCAGGCAAGCCAGGUGCCGCCAUCUGGAGUUCGCACGGCGUGCGAGCCUGAGCCUGCGACGACGAAGAUGCCGACGUUCCAGCUCAACGGCACGCUUCGCUUCGAGGACGAGGUUCUUGACGCCCUGUUGAGAUUCAGCCGACGUGGUCCGCGGGGCCAUUGCUCUAGGGAUACCGCCGACAUCUGGAUCUACGUGCUGCGGCUCUUCUUCCCGGCAGAGGAGGACUACGAAAUCACGGUGAGCAACUACGCCGAGCAGGCCGGGACUGAUUUCCCAUGCGGCCCGGCCACCACCAGCUCGGAGGGGGGCGAGGACGCGGACGAGAUACCGAGCGGGACCGCGGUCACCGUGCAGCUGUGGAAGCUCAGCGGGCGCUUGGAUGCGGCGUAUGGCGCGUGGACAAUCACGAGUCAGACGCCGGUCCUGACGGUCGUGUGCGCCGCCUGCGAGGCCGUGUUCGCCGAGUAUCCCGCGGUGCGACACGCGCGAGACGGCAGCGCCAGCACGAUGGACGUGCUCGCGUCGACGCCGCUGCAGACGUGCCUGCACGCGCAGCUGGGCGCGCUGCUGCGCCAGCACGAGGAGUCGGUCGCGCAGGGCCGCAACAUGGCGCCGCGCGUGAAGAGCGUCAACGGGGCGGUGGCGUGCGGCACGAUGGUACGCUUCUACAAGCUCAAGACCGGCAACGAGGGAAGCGGCUGGUUAAGGGCCUGGAGCGCGAGAGGGCUCGACCUGGUCAACGGCGUGCCGAGCGAGGCGCUGGGCUGCGUGGAGCGCAUCCUCCUGCGGAUCAAACGCGCAGGGCGGAAAGGCAUGACGGCGAAGAUGUGA